AACGUUAUUAAUUAAAGGCUUCUUUAAUUUAUAAUAGUAAUCAACAUUAGUAUCUUGACCAAAGAAAAAGCAAUAAACGUUACUAUAAAACCAUGGAGAACGACGAGAUGUAUUGUAACAGCUCACGAUCAUCAUCUUUAAAAAAGGAAAAACAGCUCACGAUCAAAAUCAAAAACAAAAUUAUUUUGUGAAGCGGACCUUUUGAGGUAUCAUCGAUGGCGAAGAAAGCAGUAUUGAUCGGAAUCAACUACCCUGGAACCAAGGCGGAGCUACGAGGCUGCGUCAACGAUGUUAAGAGGAUGCACAAAUGCCUAGUCGAUCGGUUCGGUUUCUCCGAGAGAAACAUCACUGAGCUGAUCGAUACCGACAACUCUUCCACCAAACCUACAGGCAAGAACAUCCGACGUGCGUUGUUGAAUCUAGUUGAGUCGGCUAGAUCUGGCGAUGUUCUCGUUGUUCAUUACAGUGGACAUGGGACGAGGUUGCCGGCUGAGACAGGGGAAGAUGAUGAUACUGGUUAUGAUGAGUGUAUUGUUCCUUGCGAUAUGAAUCUUAUUACCGAUGAUGAGUUCAGGGAGCUUGUGAAGAAGGUGCCAAAAGAUGCACAGAUUACAAUCAUCUCAGACUCUUGUCACAGUGGUGGGCUCAUUGAUGAAGCUAAGGAGCAGAUAGGAGAGAGCACAAAGAAGGAUAAGAAAGAUAAAAAUGAUAAGAAGGAUAAAAAGGAUAAGAAGGAUAAGAAGAAGUCAAAGAAAGACUCUGGAACCUCUUCAAGAUUUGGAAUCAAAGACUUGGUGACUGAGGCUGUAGAAGAAGCGUUUGAAUCUAAAGGGAUCCACAUUCCUCACCACAAAGAUGAGAAACAAGAAGCCAAGGUUAAAGAGGUUGAACUAGACAAUGAUGAAAAAGUCCAUGUUGUGAACAAAUCUCUGCCUCUACAAACCCUAAUCGAUAUCCUCAAGCAUGACACCGGUAACAAUGACAUCGAAGUUGGCAAAAUCAGACCAACACUUUUCAAUGUGUUUGGAGAAGAUGCUUCUCCAAAGGUGAAGAAGUUCAUGAAAGUGCUUCUAACGAAGCUACAAGAAGGCAAAAGUGAAGGUGGGAUAUUGGGAAUGGUUGGGAAACUAGCUCAAGAGUUUCUUGAACACAAGCUGAACAAUGAUGAAGAGUAUGCGAAGCCUGCGAUGAAGACAGAUGUGGAGAGAAAGCAAGAUGUCUAUGCAGGUGCAAGCAAUGGUUCUCUUGCUGAUAAUGGUAUUCUCAUAAGUGGUUGUCAAACUGAUCAAACUUCCGCGGAUGCAAGUCCUGUGGGGAAACCUGAGAUGGCUUAUGGAGCAUUUAGUAAUGCUGUGCAGAUCAUACUUGGGGAGACAAAAAGUGAGAUUACAUACAAGGAACUUGUUAUGAAAGCAAGAAAGCUUCUUAAGAAACAGGGCUAUGCUCAACGACCGGGGCUGUAUUGUAGCGAUGAGUAUGUGAAUGCUCCGUUUAUUUGUUAAGGGUUGGUACUCAACAAAGUAUGUGGAGUUACGUGUUGAAUAAGUUAUCUGAUUUCUUUGUUGUUAUGUUAUUGUAACUUUGAUUUGAAUGUCAAGCGUUCAUUGUCCA